CCGGCUUGCCCCUUUACAUCUUUUUAUCCUUGCUCACAACAUUAAACUAGUGCCAUCCUCAUUACACCGCUCCCCUGACCCUUACGCACCAGCCUUUGAAGCCGAACCGCGGUGCAGUUAGUAAAUCAUAUCUGGGGAGGAGCGUGCCCCUCUCUGUCCGUGCAGCUCGGUGCUGAGUCCGAUGAUGAGGGCCAGUUCGGGAACCAUCACUGGCGGAGCAAUACCACCAUCUCCUCGUUUCAGCUUCGGUUUGUCAAGCAGAGGGCGUGUGGCUCGCCGUACCUGAGAGGAGCGAGCGUCUCUUGUCACGUAUUCUGCGAAAGGGGGGCAGAGGAUUAAAAGCGGACCAAGGCACCUGUCUCUACUGCUCUGGGAUGCCGUGCCGUGUCAGUGUCGCAUUAGAAAUAAUGUUUCCCCUGCGCUUGUUUUGCAACUGAUGAAGAAUAAUUUUGAAGGCAUGUUCACGUGGAUGGCUAUGAAUAUGUUUAUUCCGGUGUUCUGGUGUAACGCGUGAGGUAAGUGACUUAUCCAGAGGUGCGCGCUACUUUCUCCCGCUGCUCAGAUUUUUCUGCAGAGCUUUGACAUCUUGGGGUUGUUUACAUGUUUUUGUUUAGGGUUUUUUUUUUAUUCCCCCAUCGUUUGCAAAUAAGAGCUUGUAUCGUGGCUCAUGAUCUAAAAAAAAAAGCAAUGUCUAUAAUAACCAUCGUGCUCCUAGCGCAUUAAUUUCUAGAUUUGAAUUGGCACUGGUGUUAUAUUAAAAGAAGGUGGGCUGUAGUUGAAAUGAAGUGACAGCAAUUAAGUGAGCUGGGAAUACAAACGAGGGGCUUUUCUGGAAAGAGUUGAGGCACUCAGUGGCAAUAUGUGAAGCGAUAUGAAAGUAGAUGUGCUGCUGUAAUGGUGGAGACUGCUUAAUGUUGGCUCCAGUGCGCGGAGAUCGCUUCCAAGACAAUGUGAAAUUUAUGGAGUAACAUCGCUGUUGCUGAGAGAGUGACUUCUUGAGCCGUAGCAGAGCAGUUUCCAAGUUCAGGUGUUGCAUAUUAUUUACCGCCGCUGUCAUCUUAAAGUUUAAGCAUGCAGCAUGGCCGCCCUGCAGGGAAGGUUACUGUAUAACCUGCUGAUUUGCAACUGGAAGCAACCUUGUGUUCUAACAUUAUUAACCAAAGGUGCAGCAGCCCUCCCUCCACUUUACUGCAGACACAAGUCACAGGCAAAGUGAAACAGACUAUGGUGCAGUGUGUAUAAUAUAUAUGCUGUAUAAAACAACCAGCAGCAGCUUUGUGAGAUGUAUGAGUGCCCUGCCUCCCAUUUAGACACUACCCCCACACACUGUGAUGACAGACAUAAUGAAUAAAUAAUCACACAAGCCCACAUACCCCCACAGUACACUGAAAAAAACAAGUGACAUGACAUGGUGAAACAAGUGAUAUGAAAUGUAAUGAACUCACGAGUACCAUUGUCUUAUCAGGGUUAUCUUGGCACUGUUAUGGCUUAGAGUUGCUAAGCUUUGACAACAUUUAAAACGAGCUGUGUGGUAAUUCCAGUGUAUUGGUGCGACUUUAUGUUAUGGUUUUAUAUCGCAGGCUCGAAGUGCAUCAGCGUUCUGUGCUCCCUGUGCAGCAGAUUGGAUUUUCUGUGCCCUUUGAGAGUCUUGCAAACAAUUACCUGGCGCCAUCAUUUCUCAGUGUUAAAGUCUAACUUUCCCUUCAUCCUUUAUCUGCUGCUGACUGUCAUUUGCAUUUAUUGUUUCCACUUCACAGAGGUGCUGCUACCUACUCAAAUAGAAAGUUUUCAUUCAUAUAAAAACUGUCACUGUGAAAUGAGGUUUUCCGAUUUGCGAUUUUGAAGUAUCCAUUAAACUUUAAAAUGUAAACACUGAAAGAUGUUAUUAAAAUGUUAUUGGCAGCAGUGUCGUGCGCGUAAAGUUUCAGCCUUGUUGUGCUUCGAUGUUCCCACGAGGCUUGGAUGGUAAAAUUAUGGUAAAAUUAUGGCUGUGAUAUUUGUGAGGUUGAAUUUAACAGGUCAUUGGCACGUUGGCGAAAAGUGUUAAAAGUCACGAGUAUUUAGAAAUAUUUCAGCCUUUUUUAAUAUAAUGUGUAGACAUAUUUCAGAGGCAUUAAAUAUGAAUAAACUGGAGCUGUGAUGUGUUCAUUACAAGUAAAUUACGUUUCGGUGGAAAAAGUAGGGGAACCCAACAAACCCCCCACCCACCCAACUGCACUUUAUUGUAAAACUCUUGAAAGCAUUGAUAUGUUUUGCGAAAAUGUCCUUGGCCUUCAUAAGCAGCAUUAACUAAGCAUGUUUUUCAAUGGCAGGAGGAACCGGAGGUCCCAGAGGAAACUGUGUACGGAGAAAACAUGCAAACUCCACACAAAAAAAAGGCGUUGGGUUUUGAACCUUUGACCUUGAGCGACUGUGGUGCCUUAUUCAGUAGCAGUCAUAAAACACACACCCGCAGCAUAGUGUAUCAAUACAUAAUUAGUGCUUUGUGGCUCUUCUGUGUUUUUUUCUUCUUCUCUGUUUACACAGAUAUUGUGAUGAAUCACAGGGGGGGUCUUGUCAUGCUGGUAUUGUAUUGUGAAUCCUCGAUACAGGAAAUGUGGAUUGACAAUAAAAGGGAAUGUCAGGCAUCCAAAUACAUUACGUCAGAAUUUGGCUUAGAGACAGUUACAGUCUGAACGUCUUGGACUGCAAAGCCACAAGGAGGCCCUAAACUUAUAGCUGUCACAGCCAAUUUAAGAUUGUAUUGUCUAAGCACUGCAUAACUGCUUAAAACAUGUUUUCCUAUUUCACUUUUACUAUGCGAUGUUGGCUUUAAAAUUGUUUAGAAAUACAAAUAUUUCCCUUUGUAUGCCCCACGUUCUUUGCUUUCUUCAUACACAGAAGUGUAUGAAAAAGUAGUGCUGCCCCUGAAGGGUCUCUCUGGAGAUACUGGGGGGGUGGAAUAGAGGUAACUGUGCCACAUCGCUCCGCUGGGCCUACAGAAAUACUUAAGCGGGAGUCAGAGUUAAAACAUCAUGACCCAACACAUUCAGGAAUUGGUGGCGGCAACAGACGCACACGUAAGGUGUAAGGGCCGCAUAUCAAAAUUCACCCAUCCAUUGUUACUACAUGCCUGUUAGCUCUCACUCCAGCUAUGACCUAAUCCUGGUGGCUAGUGGGUGUGUUCUGCUUGGACUGAAGCCUCAUUGGCUGUCUGCUGGAUGAUCCUUACUUCCGCUAUUCCUUUCAAAUGUGCUGCCAUUUUCAGUAGCAGAAAUUAGGUUUCAGUGUGUAGCGAAAACCUGUAACUGUAACAAGGACUUGAGCUGUGGCAUGAUAUUUUCUAAGAGCUUCAACUGUGUUAACUCAGUCUUAGUCCAAGCAUAAGUGAUACCCAUGUGAUGAGCUAAAUGUCACCCCGAUGUAGAGUAUUACUUCAAGUCCUGUAGAACACUCCCUAACAAUCUUUGUCUGUGUGUGUGUCUCUCUGUGAGACAUGCCAAAGGAAACUCCAGAUGCCCCCCAUCCCCCCCCCCGAUACACACACACACACCCAGAGGGGGCCAAGCAAGGCCUCACAGCCAGAUGAUAGCUCGCCAACUGUUGGCUGUAAAGACACAAUGUACUUCUCAUCGUCAACUGAGUAGAGUGGGUAGCUCAGCAGCACCAUGCGAGGAAAGCAAAAAACUGCUUUGGCCUUGUGUGUUUUAAAUUUCACCAAGCUCGCUUAUAUUGACCCUCUUCUUUGUUCAUGCUCUUCAGAAUGUCUCAUUCUCAAGUGAGAACUCGAGGCGCUUCUGCCACAGGCAUCCCCGAAAGAAUAAAAAUUAAAAAAAUCAUUGCUCAUAGGUUAAUUUCCCUUUUUUAGUGUAAUCAGAAAAGGAGAGGACCUCGAUGAGGAAGUUGUGGUCUGCAGUAAUGCACACCCACUUCUUUCUGUCACAAGACUGGAAGUAUUCAUGACUGUGUGGGCUUUGUGUCUGUUUGUAUGUGCAUGCUCUGCCUAAAUGCAGCAGUGAUGCACUCAUGCAAGAAAUAAAAAUCUUGUGUCUAUUAUGACAUUUUUUUUUUUUUUGCCACUCAUGUGAUGUGAGGUACUCAUGCUUUUUUAUUUUAAUAGUGGUGUGAUAGCGUAGGCUUGCAUCGAGCAACCCGGGAAGUACUGCUGUACCUCGAGCACUCAGGCACAGUUGUAGCUGGGGCUUAUUUGUGAAAAAAAAAUGACGGGAUAGCAGUUUGUCAGAACAGGAACAGGUGGCUGUCAACGUGACUACAGACAGUGAAUCACGGUUAAACAGUUGCCCCCAGAGGCUACACCCCCCUUAAUCUGCAAGGACUCACAGAAAGACAUUAUCCGGCUCACGCGCCGUGGUAAAACUCCCCACCUUCUUGGUUUUCCAAAAAGCCCCCAGAAGCCGGUUCAUCACAUGAGUGUUACCUCACUCUUUAGCAGGUUGUGGGCUACAAAAUCUGUAACCGGUGUUAUAUUUGGGCUUCUCGCGGAAGGAAAUAUGACGCGCGAGGACAGAGCGGGGCUAUCCACGCGGCCAAGCAGAGAGCGCUGCCGAGGCGAGUCGUGGGUCGUUCCGAAGUCAUCGUUGGCACUGGCAAGCAGGUGCUGUUGUCGGGGUCGUUGACAUGCGUUCCACCUGAGCUCGGCAUCGCCUGUCUCGGUGGUGUGGUGGCAGGAUGCCAGUGCAGGCGGCCCAGUGGACAGAGUUCCUGUCCUGUCCCAUCUGCUACAAUGAGUUUGACAGCAGCGGCCACCAGCCCAUCAGUCUGGGAUGCUCCCACACGGUGUGUAAGACCUGCCUACACAAACUGCACCGCAAGGCCUGUCCCUUUGAUCAGACGCCGAUCAGCACCGACAUCGACCUGCUGCCUGUCAACUGCGCCCUGCUGCAGCUGGUUGGCGCUCAGGUCCCAGAUGUUCAACCCGUGAGUCUGAGCAGUGCAGCAGAGGUUAAACACUAUGAGGUCUGCAGGAUGUGUGUAGAAGAGCUGGCUCUCUACCUAAAGCCCAUCAGUGGCUCAAAAGAAACAGUGGGUUUAACUCCGGAGCUGUCGCUUAAUACAGGUGUGGCAAACCUGAGCCCGAGUGUGCUCAGUAGGCCCAUGCAGAGGAAGCUGGUGACCUUGGUGAACUGCCAGCUGGUGGAGGAGGAGGGUCGCGUGCGGGCGGUUCGGGCAGGCCGGUCUCUGGGGGAAAGGACAGUCACCGAGCUCAUCCUUCAGCACCAGAACCCCCAGCAGCUCUCUGCAAACCUCUGGGCUGCAGUGAGGGCACGGGGCUGCCAGUUUCUGGGACCCGCUAUGCAAGAAGAUGCACUGAAGCUUGUCUUACUGGCUCUGGAGGACGGUUCAGCUCUGUCCAGGAAGGUGCUGGUUUUGUUUGUAGUCCAAAAGCUUGAAGCUCGAUUCCCCCAGGCCUCCAAAACCAGCAUAGGCCACGUCGUGCAGCUGCUCUACAGGGCUUCCUGCUUCAAGGUGACAAAGCGUGAUGAGGACUCCUCCCUGAUGCAGCUCAAGGAGGAGUUUCGCACAUAUGAGGCCCUGAGGAGGGAACAUGACGCGCAGAUCGUCCACAUCGCAAUGGAAGCGGGCCUGCGAAUCUCACCUGAGCAGUGGUCCUCUCUGUUGUAUGGAGACCUGGUCCACAAGUCACAUAUGCAGUCCAUCAUUGACAAGUUGCAGUCUCCAGAGUCGUUUGCAAAGAGUGUUCAGGAGCUGACGAUCGUCUUGCAGAGGACAGGAGAUCCUGCCAACCUCACAAGCCUUAGACCACACCUAGAACUGCUAGCCAACAUAGACCACAACCCAGAUGCUUCCGCACCAUCAUGGGAGGAGCUCGAAAGUGUGAUGCUGGCUGUAAAGCUGGUGGUUCAUGGUCUAGUGGAAUUCAUACAGAACUUCAGCAAGAAGAGCCAUGAAACUCCACAGCCUCAGGCAAACAGCAAGUAUAAGACCAGCAUGUGCCGAGAUCUUCGUCAGCAGGGAGGCUGUCCCCGAGGAACCAGCUGCACAUUUGCGCACACACAGGAUGAGUUGGAGAAAUUUAGAUUGAGGAACAAGAAGAGCAGCAGUGUGGGCCGUGGGUUCCCUUUAGCGCAGGGGGGAAUGAAUAAAACUUUCACCAUGGAGGGCAGCAUUCACUCUGAUGUGUCUGGAGGAGUAGGACAGGGGCUCAAAGGCAAUGGAGACAGCACAGCUACCAUGGCGGAGGGAGUACCCAGCCUAAAUCACCCUCAGCUGAUCUCCAGAGGGCUCGAUGUGAUGGAGGAAUCUAAGCGAGCUGUGCCAAAUGGAACUAGUGGGCCCAAUGUGUCUGGCUCCAACAAAACCGCAUCUGGGUCAGCAGAACAGAAGCCUCUCUCUCCUCCCAGGACUCCAGUCAGCCACUCAUCAGUGAUGUCUCCCUUGACCACAGUCGGACGGUCUGAUGGUGGUGCUCCUAUACCCAAACAUGGUCAGUUUAUUCUGCGUCCAUCGCAUCCUUCUCAGGCGUCCGAGGUGUACUACCAGGAGCCUCACUCCACAUAUGACACUGCCCACUAUCAGCCAGCCUCAGGUUCCUAUUACCCAUCAAGUCUUCAUCCCCCUCACAAACCUUGUAUGGCUCGGUUCCUGCGAUCCUCCAACGUCCCAGAAUCCUCUCUGCCACCUUCCAUUGGUCCUCCAUCUUCUUACCCAAAUGAACCUCAAACUCCACACCCACCUUCUUCGUCUUCCUCGGGGUACCCAUCACACCCGCCUAGAGAUCGAAUGGGACCUCACACGUUCCAUGCCCACCCAGGGCACCCAAUGGGCCCUGCUCAUGGAGUUUACGCUCCCCUCUAUGACAGCAGGAGAGUAUGGAGGCCUCAGCUGUACCACAGAGAGGACGCCAGGAGUAACUCACUGCCUCCAGAGGUGCUGCAUUCCUCUGUCUACCAACCUCCACUCAGGGAGAGGUUCAACUCUCUAGACAGCAACUACUGUUCUGGAGCUGAACAUCGUGCAGGGCUACACAGGGACUACGGACGUGUUGCUCUAGGCUAUGAGGAUCUGUUCAGAAGGAAGCAGGAACAGUGGGCUCAUCAUCACCAUCAUCACAGUGCCAACAGACCCUCCCAGUCUUCUCCCAUCUUCACCAUCGAUUUUGGGACAGAGCAUGUGGAAAAUAGUGGAGGUCAGUGUGUGGGAUGCAGGUUCAGAGGUGAUGAAGGCUUGGCUCACUACUCCCCUUGGUCCUGUGGUACCAUUGGGCCCUGCCUCAGCUCAUUUGAGCCUGAAACGCUUGCGCACACCUCAUCUCACGCCUGCUCUGAGCACUCGGAGUUGGACAGUAACGAAAGUAGAGGUGGUGGCGUCGGAGAUAGCGGUGUCGGGAAGCGAUGGCUGCAUUCGCUGGAUAACUACCGUCGCUUGAAAGACGAAGACCCGAUCAUUCCCUUUAGUGAGGGGCCCAUUAUCUCGAAGUGGGGGGCCAUUUCCAGGGCGUCCCGCACAGGCUACCACACCACUGACCCUGUCCAAGCAACAGCCUGCCAAGGGAGUGCCAGUACCACUCCCAUCAACUUCAAAGAUUACAAUGCUCACUUGGAUCACAGUGACUACAGGUGGAGCUCCAGAGGAUCAGACUCUUCCAGCCACUCUAGUUUCCUGGAGAGUGAGCAGCUCUGUGCUUCAGAGCUACAUGCCAGACGAACUUCAAUAGGGAGCGGCGAGAAAAUUGUGUCUGAUCUGAAGGCUCACCGGACCGCCUUUAGCCAGGAUCAGGACCGAGCCGAGAGCGAGUCAGACCCAGAUCGAGACAUUGAGCUCGAACUCUGUGCUCUAGACAUGGAGGAUUCGGACCAGCAGGAAAUAAAGUCUCAGGAGUCGUUAGACCUGGUCACCCCACAGUCUCAGGAUGCUUCCCUUCUCCUUUCACCUCCGUGCUCCUCUACCCUCAUCUCAUCUCCUGCAGCAGAGCACCCACAAACAGAGUCAGAAAAGAUGGAUGCUCACCUGUUGAAAAAAAUGGCCUUCAGGAAGUCUCUGUCUCCAGGAGGGUUAGUCUCAGGAGGUCUGGGCAUUGCGAAGCUCCAGGUUGGACCCCCUCGACUGGGUGACACUUCUACCCGGGCUUGUCCCGAAACAUCUGGGCCAGAGAUGCUGCUCAAUGGAAGCUAAGAGGACACAAAGUCAAUCACUGACCUACAAAGAGCUACACCUGAGUUCCACAUCCUGGUUGAAUGGAAAACCUUUUAAUUCCAGCCUUCAUAUAUGUUGAUCACAUGCCUAACUGAAACUUGACAGAUAAUGGUCAACAGCCUGUGCUGUGCCACGCUGCAAGGUCAAGAGUUAUACACAUUUUACUAAUUUUCCAACUUUGCUGUUUAUGGCUAGGAAGGUAAAUAGCCAGUUUUCCCAUAUAGUAGAUGCUGAACUUGUCUGUGUUUGCCGUGCCAAAUCUGGUCAUAUUUACAAGGAGGGUUGGAGAGCUCUUAAACCAUCCGAUCGGUCACAUAGGAUUGAAUUCAUUUGUUUCGUUUUUUUGGGGGGGUUUUCUUGUCGUUCUGCAUAAGCUGUCAGAUAAAGUUUAUGGGUGACAAUAUGAUAAGUGAAUGUUCUUCAGUUUUACCAAGUUUACUGAGAUCCUUUCUCCCAGUAUAGCAUUGAGGUACACAGGAAAUUAAACAGAAGUCAUUUGCAGCAGCAGACCCUCCAUUUACUUACGCCUGUCCCAAACAUUGAAUGCUUUGACAUUAAUUCGCUGUGUCUAAUUUGCGUUUAGUUUGUGCCUUGGAAAACAUGCAUUUCCAAAAGUUUCAAAGCAGGUGCUGGUUUAUGGUCAAGGCCCACAUAGCUUUUUAAAGGGUAAACAGUGGGAUUAUUUAUCCCUUUUUUUAGGCGGACAAAAUUUUUUCCAUGUCUUAUUAGGCUAUAACAAAUGCCUUCUCUGAGCAGCCUUAUGUUUCAUAUUGACAUUUCAUUUUACGUCUCUGAAAAGAUUAAGACAUAGAUGUUACUUAUACUGAGACCAAAAAUAGAAAGGGCACGGCACCCUUCUGAGAAAAUAAAAAAAGAGCAGCAGAGGUCUUUAAAAAGUGCUGAUAGUGAAUGAAGCCUCUGUCUUUUGAGUCAUAUGAUCUUUUAAACGUUGGGCUCUGGAUUCCAGUCCUGUCAUGGGAUCAGAGGCACAAACAUACAGACCUAAAUUUUCAAAAGAUCACUGAUCACCUAAGGUCAGUUUUCUACUUUUUUUUUUUUUUAAAUGAAUGAUACAAUACUUUUAACAUAAAUGUAUUUUAUUUAGGAACAGACUUUGUAGUUCAAGCAGCAGCUAGAGAAAAUGUAAUGAAUUUCUCUACAAGUCAGUUUUAUCUCUUUGUGCCUGUAGUGGCACUAAUCAGCUACUCUUAUUAAGUUAAAGAGUUUCACGCCGUCAUGUGACUGCCAUUCACACAAACAUGCAAUACAGUGGCCUUUCUCUCCUUAGCGUGGUCUAAAACGAAGCAUGUGCUCUACAGUCCCCCCGCUCACACACAAGCUCUGUUUGUUUACCAUUUCAAAAGGUGUUAACGAACACAAAUGUGAUCUUAAAACGGAACUGCAUUUUAAAAAGUCCACCGUCUAUUAUUUCCGGUCCCGUCAUUUUUUGUUUGUUUGUGUAUGUGUGUGUGUUGUGUAAACAAUAUUUACCAGCUGUGCGUGAUGUUUAAAGGUCAAGCCUACCCAAGAGAGGGACGCCACUUCGUGCAUCUGUUCAUGCUAUAAACCUUUGUUUUACUUUUUGAAAAGUUUUGGUUAGUUUCAUUUAACUAACUUCUGUGAAGUUGUUUGUUUGGGUAUUUCUGUAUAGGUUUUUUGCCACUCUUUUGUUGUUAGUUGCGUGUUACAUUGUGGUAGACUUGCUUUCCAAUGUUUGUCUGUGUUACAUUGCCGUGUGCUACUUCACCGUGGCUUUGUUUCAAUAUGGGUGAUUUCCAUACAGCCCUGCUGUGCCUCACUCCUUUUAUAAAUAUGAGGCUUCUUGUCAUGAGUGAAUUUUUCUUAGUGACUUUAAUAAAUACAAAACAUGAACCCAUAUAUAUAUAUAUAUAUAUAUAUAUAGUUAUGAGGUUUGUUUACAUCCAAUUCUAAAUCUUGAGGACGAAAGCUAACUGAUUUUCAAGUCUUUCAAGCUCCCUUAAUUUCCUCUUAUCCCCGCUACUGUACCUAUUUAAUAAACAAACUCAGAAACAUAAGCAUUAACAUAUUUUCUCUCAUUAUUUAAUAAAAGUAAAAGGAGAGAGAAAGAGAGAGAAGGGAAUUGGAUAAAUUGGUCUGAGCAUUUCAUUAUAACUUGAUGUGAUACUCUUUAGAAUUUAAAAAAAAAUUAUUUAUUUAUUUUUUGUUUUGUGUGACCGUGAAAGCCAAGGGCAGGCACAGGGAUUUAGCUGCUUCCAGACGGUUAUUAAAUCAGCUCAGCUACCUAUACUAUCACUCUGCAUCUGUUUACAGCUUCACCUUUGAAGUACAACAUAAUAAUGUUAAGUGCCAUGUUGGGUACAGUACAAUCAGUCUCUGAAAUCCGCGCCCCGUCCCACAGCUUUUAAUUUUCCUUCCCCUGUAAACUGUGCGAGGAGGGAGAGGCUCUGUCAAGUCGAGGAGUGAGAUACUUCUCUUGUAGUUGUGCUUUGUUCCAUUAGAGGGGGCUAGCGGACCCAUGUCUGUUUUGAAUUGCUCAGGGAAGUCUUAAUUUGCUCAGCUACUUUGGCUUUUUCUAUAUCCAUCACUUUGAAUAUUAUGUGGAAGUAUUUGCCUGAAUUUCACUUUGCUGAUAACUGACCCUUUCACCCCAAUCAUGCGUGGGUUAAAGUGUUAGCACUGAUUAUGUUAUUUGCCAAUGUUUACUUUGCCAGUGUUUUCUUUGCCUCUCGGUAUUAAGUAUUGGCUUUGCUAUUUGUGUUCACAUGAGAAAGGGCUGGGCACUACUGUAUGUAAAAACAGUAUUGUGAGUAUUGAAGUAAUGUCAAAGUGAUACUCCCUGUUUCCUAUAAAGUGUCUGGAGCACUGCUGUAGUGGCUAACUGCACUGCACUGCACUGAUUCUCCCAUCGCACCCAGCGAGUGCCCCUUCCCACUUCCCUUCAACCCACCUCCUAAACCUUGGCCCUCCCUGCAUCCUGCGUCAUGCAUGCGAUCUAAUCCCUCUUGUGAUGGCGGAGGAGUAAUGACAAUUCUGUAGUUGUGAUACAACACACCCAGCGCUGUAAGAGUUCUGCACAUGCCCACUGUGUGGCCACGUCAAGUGCUGAAGUUUGCUUGCAGCAUUUUAAUUGCUUGCUCAUGAAAAUCAAUUAUUGUUUAAUAGAGAUUAUAUUAUUAUUGUUAUAACCACAUUUGGUUGUUGUGGUAUUUUUUUUUUCUUGGUAUAUUCGAAGUCUGCUUCUUUUGGAUAUGAAAGUUUGCUAAAAAUGUUUUUUAUUAGAAAAAAAGUGUCGCAUUAUUCUAUAUUAUAUGGGGGGAAAGCCUGUUUGUUGAUUGUGAAACAUAUGAACUGAUGUUUUCUGACUAUUCAUGUCUGUAUUAGACAUUUUAUUUGCAAAUCUAUUGUUCGAUUGAAAUGUAAACUAUUAAGAGAUGGUACACAUCCGUCAUUGUAUACAGUCUGACACCAUCAUUAGAUGGACUUUUAGUAUAGACGCUCAUUUAUACAACCUGUGAUAAUCAGAUAUAGUUAAAUGUUUAAGUCAUUGGGGCAGUUGUGUAAUGUUUCAGAAUGAGGAAACUACAAUCCUUAAGAGACGGUAUAUCCAAAAGGUCCCCAAGAUGAAUAAUACUGUUAUGUAUUCCAUUUAUUUCCUUGGAAAUAUCACGUUGUGAAAGGUUUCCCUUUUACUAAUUGUGCAGUAAUGCAGGGCUGGAGUAAAGUCUAACCUAUGGUGGUGAUGAUUUAUGUGCUCUUAAUAAUGUAUGAAACUGUUUGAGUUUUGUUUUACUGACUGAUUCUUCUGGUGCAUUUUCUGGCUUGUUCAAAUGUAUUACAAUGACUUGCAGACAGCUUGGCCCAGCGGCAUACUGCUUCGGGGUUGCACUGAGACGUUAAGUUAUGAAAAAGAAGAUUUUAGCACAUGAAAUUGCAUGCUAUAAUAAACCAACAAUAGUACUGUG